CCAGUGCCUGUGCCUGCGUCCCUGCGGUGCUAGGGGGAGAGGAAUGAUCUUCCCAAAAUCGCCAGGGAAGGAAUGUCAGAAGCUGAUGUUUCUUUUCACUUAAGGGAACAGCGGUGUGUCAGUAAAACCGAGGGACUCUGCCUGGAUAUGAGGUGCUGAGGGGAAAAAGACCAUCACGCUUGGCUGCUCACCUUGCCCAUUUGACUGUACAUAAUGGAGACCAAGGAGGAGAAGAAGGAACGAAGACAAGGCUAUUUUGCACGGUGUUCAUGGGAGGAAGACUCUACUGCUUGCCAAAGAAGAGAAUGGGAAACAGUUUGAAAAAGAAAAGGCAAGCCAAACAAAACACUGAGACCGUCUCUGCCAAUUCCCCUGGAUCUCCCGUUUCCAGAACAUCUUCUGAGAAAGAUGAUGAAAGUAAAGUUAUUUUGGAGCAAAUCAGUUCCUCUGAAGACAACUGUAAAGUUGCUGGGGAAAAGGAAACUGUUCCAGACAAAGAAAAGAAAAAGAAAAAAUACAAUCAACUGAAAGACAUCAGACGCACAGAACUUAAAAGAUACUAUAGUACUGAUGACAAUCAAAACAAAACCAAUGAAAAGAAAGAGAAAAAAAUGGUUUCUCAGAAACCCCAUGGUACCAUAGAAUAUACAGCUGGAAAUCAGGACACCAUAAACAGCAUAGCAUUAAAGUUUAACAUCACCCCAAACAAGCUUGUGGAGCUCAAUAAGCUUUUCACGCAGACGAUUGUGCCAGGCCAGAUUCUCUUUGUGCCAGAAACAAGUGCUGCGAGGCUGUCUUCUUUCAGUCCUGCUGCUCCCGUUUCUCCUUCUUCAUCAGAUGCUGAAUAUGACAAACUCCCUGAUGCUGAUUUGGCAAGAAAGGCCUUCAAACCAGUUGAGAGAGUCCUGUCCUCCACUUCAGAAGAGGAUGAGCCUGUGGUUGUCAAAUUUUUAAAAAUGAAUUGUCGUUACUUCACAGAUGGUAAGGGCGUAGUUGGAGGAGUCAUGAUAGUAACUCCAAACAAUAUCAUGUUUGACCCACAUAAGUCUGAUCCUCUGGUAAUUGAGAAUGGCUGUGAAGAAUACGGGCUCAUCUGCCCCAUGGAGGAGGUUGUCUCAAUAGCUCUCUACAAUGACAUCUCUCACAUGAAGAUUAAAGAUGCAUUGCCAUCUGACAUACCAAAGGAUCUUUGUCCUCUGUACAGGCCAGGAGAAUGGGAAGACCUGUCCUCUGAGAAAGAUAUCAAUCCUUUCAGCAAAUUCAAAUCCCUUAGCAAGGAAAAGAGGCAGCAGAAUGGGGAUCCAUCCAUUGCCCUGGGUGCCAGACAGAUAAAACCUUCAGAUAAGGAGAAGUCUGUUGAUUUUGAAGUUCUUCAGUCAUCUGACAGUACAGGCUCAAUCAAGUCAAAGUCACUGGAGUUUCCCAACAACAUCACUGCUACUGAACAUUUGGAAAAGUUUGCUGCAGAUCCAUGUGCUAAGGAGCCUUCUGGGGAAAAGAAUGUUUCAGAUGACAAAACCAAAGAAAAAUCCCUUUUGGGAGAAAGAGAGGAUGACUUCAUUGAACUGGAAAAGACGUCAUCUCAUAUGGAUAGAGGGUUGGACAGGAAAAUCUCAGUAAUGGAAGGCUUGCUGGCUGAUGCCAGGGAGCUGGGGAGAACUAAGCAGCAGGUAACCAAACCCACUACAGAAGUCCAGGAGCACUUGACAGUUGAUUCCUUGGAAAAAAAGGACAGUGUUGAACCUAAAGCUGACUUAGACUUAGAACUAUGUGAAAAGCAAGAUGUUAUUCCAGAAGUAAACAAAUGUGUCAGUUCCCCAACAGGUAAGGUGGAGACUGCAUUGGACACUAAGAAAGAACUAGAGAAAGAUAAACUUAUUGAAUUUUACCUCAAUAAAGAUGGGAAUGGGUCUCAGUCAUCUGAAGACUUACACAAGGCUGAAAUCCAGAAAGGUGAAAACAAUAAAGCAAUUGGCAUAGACCUUACACUUAGCUGUUCAAAGUCCCACGCUAAUGAAGUCCAUACAAUUAAAAGUAUGGAGCUUGAUUCCUGCUGUGCUGAAAGGAAAGCACCUUCAUUAGAAAUCAGCUCAGCAGCAGCAGAGGAAAAGGAUGUGAAAGAGUCUGUGGACUCUUCAUUAGUACCAGCUAUAGACAAGACCUGUCAAGAAACACAGUUAGACAAUCAAUCAGAAAUCAGACUGUGGCUGCUGCAGAAAAUUCAAGUGCCAAUUGAAGAUAUGCUUCCUUCAAAAGAGGAGAAGAGCAAGACGCCUCCAAUGUUUCUGUGCAUUAAAGUAGGCAAGCCCAUGAGAAAGUCCUUCGCGUCUCAGGGCACCACCAUGUCUCAACAGUACAGUAAAAAGAUAAAGCAACCAGAGUACUGGUUUGCUGUUCCUCGGGAAAGGGUGGAUCACUUGUACACAUUUUUUGUUCAGUGGUCACCAGAAAUAUAUGGGAAAGAUGCCAAAGAGCAAGGUUUUGUCGUGGUAGAAAAGGAGGAGCUUGACAUGAUAGACAACUUCUUCAGUGAGCCCACUACUAAAAGCUGGGAGAUCAUUACUGUAGAAGAAGCAAAACGACGAAAGAGCGUUUGCAGUUACUAUGAAGAAGAAGAUGAUGAUACUUUGCCUGUCUUAAAGCACCACAGCGCCCUCCUGGAGAAUAUGCACAUAGAGCAGCUUGCCCGGCGCUUGCCCGCACGAGUGCAGGGAUAUCCAUGGCGGCUGGCGUACAGUACACUGGAGCACGGGACUAGCCUGAAGACUCUGUACCGUAAAUCGGCAUCUCUUGACAAUCCAGUUCUUCUUGUCGUCAAGGAUAUGGACAACCAGAUAUUUGGAGCAUAUGCUACACAUCCCUUCAGGUUUAGUGACCAUUACUAUGGCACUGGUGAAACAUUCCUCUACACAUUCAGUCCGAAUUUCAAGGUAUUCAAAUGGAGUGGAGAGAACACCUACUUCAUCAAUGGAGACACCAGCUCUCUGGAGCUCGGAGGUGGAGGUGGCCGGUUUGGCUUAUGGUUAGAUGCAGAUUUGUAUCAUGGGCGAAGCAACUCCUGCAGCACCUUCAAUAAUGACAUCUUAUCUAAGAAAGAAGACUUCAUAAUACAAGAUGUAGAAGUAUGGACAUUUGAAUGAAAUACUGACUGCCUUAAGGACUGGAUCUAUUAGGCACUUAAACGCUAACUAGAUGGUGCAGGCUGCCUCACAAUGUUACACGCUUUUUCCUCAAGUUUGUACGAGAGCAUGACUCGCAAAAAAAAAUCCAGCCAACCAACGCAGGAGAAAACAGAGCUGGUUUUGAGAGGCAGUAAGAGACAGAACAGUAAGAGACCAGUCUGAAGUGUUUUUUACUUCCUCCUCCAACACUUUUCCAUCGAAGAUAUGAUGCAUAUGGAAACAUUCAUAGUGUAUACAUUGAAAACUUUUUCUGUAACUGUGAAAAAGAUCCUGUGGGAAAACUGUAACUAUCUAGUACAUUCCAUGUGUAUUUAUGUUCAACGUACAAAUGCUAACCAAAAAUAAAAGGUUGCUUUACCAAAAUCUACAGCAUACUCUUUGCCAUGGAAAAAAAUCAGAAAUAGGUGUACACAGCACUUAAGGGAACAUGUUUUUAAAAUCUUCUUAUUUAUUGUUACUGUACAGCAGAUUUUUUUUUUUGUAAAUGUAUUAGCUAUGAGUUUUUUCUUUUAAUGUUUCUAAUCUCAAUUUGAUAAAUGUUUACUGUUCAGGUAGGUUUCCUAUGCAUUGGCAUUUAUUCUGAAUCAAUUUAUUUGAUUUCUGAAGUUAAGUUUUAUAUUUUUAUUUUGUAAAUGAGAUCUGGUUUUCAUUUUACCCUAAUUAGAGGGUUUGCUUUCUGGCAGAAGCACUUGAGUGCGUAAUUCUGUUUUGGUGUUUUGGUUUUGUUUGUUUGUUUCAUUUUUGUUUGUUUGUUUUGUUUUAUUUUUUCUAAGAUGAGGGAGAAGGUGGAUAGUGCUGCUGAUUAACUCUGCUGCCACAUUCUUGUUCAUAGAUUAUUGUUUUGGCAGGGUAUGGAGACACUGGGCAAACUGCCGCCUGGUAUAGACUGUAUCAGCUCUGUUACAGUCAACAGAAUUGGGACAGCAUGCUCUAUCUGUUUACAAAGGACAUUUCUAAGAGAGGAUUGUUUUUCUGUAUCGCCACCAAGUGAUUCAAAAUAAGCCACCCACUGUGCUUUUAUGAGCACUUCUCUACAAAUUGAAGAAUAACUGCUUUGUUUAGGAGAAAAUACAAUUGAGAUUUAGAGAAGAAUGCUAUUUCCCUAACAGGCCAGGUCAUGUUAGUGUAAUACUUGUUUUCUUAGUAAUUAUAUAUAUUAUUUCCUUCCCAAAAAAAAAGACUUGAAGCAACAGGCUGGCUUAGGAUUUGACAGGCAACUAAAUAUUCUUCCUUGUUUCUCAUUAAAUAAUCAGAUACUUACUCCCCACCCCCAACACUGAAAAGACUGCACGUUACAAAAUGAAAAUUUUGGUUAAUAGACUGUGACAGGGGGCUGGCAAUCUUCACUGUUUGCUAAAGAAUUCUGCUUUCCCAUUAUGCUGUGGUUUUGUUUACACAAUCCAGACUGAACCAAUAUUAGGACACUGUCCUGCCCUUAGACUCAAAUGUGUCAUGGUCCCAAGAAAGGCAGGUUUUAGAAAUAGUAGUGUGCUUUCAUGCAUUAAACAGUACAGACUAAUUUUGGAAUAUUAUAAACUGAAUAAUACAACUCAAUUUAGUUACUGUUCUUCCCUUUUUGAAUAGAUUAAAAACAAAAAAAGCAGCCAAAUGAUUUUCUUUCAAAAGCAUUACUAAAUCUUAAUCCUGCACAGAAACUUCACAGUCCAAAAGCCAAUGCUAUAUACAGUAAGCCUGUAACACGCUGCACGUGAGCUUCUCACGCUUCUCUUCUAUGUGGUCUACUACAGUCAUAAAUAAAGUUCAAUAAGAACGAGGGUAAUGCUGUAACAUAUUUGGAAGUUGCUAACGGCAUAAUGCUUUGAAGAUACCAGGAAUAUCUAAUACUGCUCUCUUAAAUGGUAGCAGACCACUUAAAAAAAAAACAACCCAAACUGAGAGUUCAACAUUUUACAUACAUUUCAUUAUUGCUACCUACAACUUACUGCAUUAUAUUAUCCUUGUCAGAGCAUAUCUAAACGCUGUGGUCUAUAUUCAAAACAGUGUUGUUCGAUCAAAAUUCUGUGACCCUUGAAACUAUGAAUAUUGAAUAUAUGUAAUGCAGUGCUAUCACAAUAUUUUCAAUAAAGGAAUUUAUGCAUUCAGAAA